UAUUAUGCUCUUAUGAAAAAAUUUUAAUGUUAGAACUAGUAUUGAUAACCCUGAAUGCAACCUCUUUUCAUUCCUACAAGAAACCGACUUGCACAGGCAGAGAGGCUAAAAAGAUAAAUACAUGUUUUUUUUCUAUAUCACCAGAAACAAAAGGACAAGAAUAUACACAACUACAGGUCAAUCACUAUACGGCUUGCAAAAAAAAAAAGCAAAACCCAUAACGUAUAGUAAGCUAUAUAUGGCCACGGAAACACAAUGUGAAACAAUUCAAUAUAGAAAACCAAAGACUUCGUUUAUCGUUAGACAAGAAAUACAAAUACAGUUAUUGCAGACAGCAACCAACGACAACCACUGGAAUCUUGAAUGGAACAGGUACAAAACGUGUAUCUCCCUGUACAGCCUACGAAGUUGCAGUUUGAAAUCUUCUAUGAAGUGAUGGACGGCUUGAUAUCAUACCUGCAGGGAUUGGGAUUUUUAAAGUUUAUUUGAGAGAAGAUUCAAUCAUUAUGACGAGAUUGCAGAAUGCACAAUUGUGUGAGAACAUCAUCUACAAAGCGGAAUGUCAUGAGUUAAAAUACAAUCAUCAACUGUAGUUGCCUCUUCCGUAAGUUUUGUCAUCGAAUUAGUAGUUACUAUGAGCAACACGACGAGGAGGCUAGCGGAGCAGGAUAUGUUUACCGUCUGAAGCACAUGAAAUCACUUUCAAUUCUAGAUUUCAAAUGUUUGUUUUCUGUACACUAUGGAUAUGCUGUGUUUAUCUGAUCUUUCAAAAGAAACAUGAAAAAAAACAUAUAAAAAAGUUAUCGAUUCUUACCGUCGAAAAAUUGGUGUUCGACAUAAAUAACAGGAAAAUAUUGAAUAAGGAACCAGUAAACAAUUUCAAAGACAGAGACAUAUUCUUGAUAAAUCGUUCAGAGUUAUUGUGUGGAAAUUCCAAAUGUGAUUCGUUGGAAGUGUUAUUUAUUGUGAAAUCCUACGUUUUGAACUUUGGCCAGCGCGAAGCUAUACGUAGGACAUGGGGAGGCAUGACAAAACUACGAUCAAAAACUGUUUUCAUUAUUGGAUAUCUUGACGGUAUUGACUAUUUUGUUGAUUUUGAAUCAGAAAAAUACAAAGAUAUUGUUCAGUUAAAUGUGAAUGAUAAGUAUCAAAAUGUUGUAUAUAAAACAAUUUAUGCUUUGCUAUGGCUAUCAAAAAUAAACAUAACAUCAAAAUUCAUUCAUUUUGUUGAUGACGAUCGAUUUGUUAAUCCACUAAAUAUGUAUGAUGUUGCAACACAAAACAUAAACUCAGCAGACUUGAUAGUGGUGGGAUAUUUGCUUAAUCGAUCGGAAACAAUUAGAGACAAAAGUUCGAAAACUUAUGUUUCACCAGAGGACUAUCCAUUUGAGCUGUAUCCGCCAUAUAUAAUUGGAGGAACUAUCUUGACAAAUGAAAAAACUGUUGGAAUGUUAGCAGUUGCAGUAGAGUAUAUGAAAGUUAUUCCAAUAGAAGAUGCAUAUAUUGGAAUGGUAGCACACUCAAUUAAUAUUAGCCUUAAACACCAUCCGGCUUUUUUGGCCUAUAAACAAAAUCUUUCGAGUUUACACAAUGGAGUAUCCUCUCCUGGUUACGAAAACACGUACAUUUUAAUGAGGGACUGGAAUUUUCUUCAAGCAAAACAUCAUAGUAUUCAUUUAAAAAAAAAAUUGGAAAUGAAUGAAUUUGGGAGCGAUUAAUUUGAGUUGUUAACUAGAUUUAUUAAAAAGGUUUGACUGAGUUUCGGAUAUUGACUGGUGAUGAACAUGCAUUGGUUCCUGUUUUUUAAAUGUACAUAUUUUGAAGUAUUUUUUUUAUUAUUAAUAAUGUUAGUUUAAAACUGUACACUUGUGAUAUUGACAUAGAAAAGCUCGGAGGAGCCUCGCUUUUCUCACUGUUUCUAAAGCUUGUCAAAUAAAUUUGAUAUUUUCCUA